CUUGAACCCUUUGCAGAUGUGGGAGGGGGGAGAUAUACCCAGAUGCAAGCGCUGCCGCGUCCGCCGGGGGCGCGCCAACGGAUGUAGUCCCCCACAAGGAGCGAUCUGCCUCCGCUUUUUCGCUUCCGUUCACUCGAGACCACUUCCUGCCAGCUGUUCUGCUGGGGAAAAGAAAAGAAAAGUAGUGCCGCCCACCCGCAUGAACCCCCAAAGCGAUGAAAUAAUGCAAAAUGAGCAGAGGCGCAGGAAGAGGAGGGGGUCGCUGGCCGCUACUGCGUCGUCAGCAGUUACGAAGCGGGACAAGCCAGGGGGAGAAGAAAAAGGAAAAAAAAAAAAAAAAAUAAAAAAACACACCAUCGCAGGCGCAAAUGCAAGCGCGAAGGCAAACGCCAGCCAGCUGGAAAGCAUGGCCUACGUGUACAUUCUAAUGGAGUAUUUUUUCGAAAACAACGAGGUGACCGUUUUCACAGAAAAAUUUUACCUGCAAGAAGACGUGCUGUCCGUGACGGAGGCCCUGAUUGGGCAUAUUCUGUGGGUAUAUGAUAGGGGGAAAAAAAAACUGUAUGGGUCGAGGAUAACCGAGCUGGAAGCGUACAAGGGAAGUGAAGACAAAGCAUCCCAUGCAUAUAACAAUAAGAAGACAAACAGAAAUGCAACCAUGUUUGGGAGAGGAGGAGUCAGCUACGUCUACCUCUGCUAUGGCAUACACAACUGCUUAAACAUAGUGACCAAUGGGGAAAAUAUCCCCGACGCGAUUUUAGUCCGAUCGCUGGAGCCCUUUUAUGGGGCACACGAUAUCCUGCUUAAUAGGUAUGAAAUUCAUUCUGGGGGGUCAAAGUUGGGAGGCGAUUCCCCUGGUCGUGCUGCAUGCGCGGUGGAAGGGGAUGCCAUUUCAUAUGAUUACCCGGAUGGGCCUACCCCCCCACAGAGCAACCACUCCUUAGAUAAAGAGAAGCUCCAGAGGAUCGACUCAGUGAAGGCCAUUUUGAAAACCAUAAAUAUGAAGAAGCUGGCCAAGGUGUGCAGUGGCCCUGGAUGUGUAACCAAGUGCUUGGAUAUUACCAGGCAGGACGAUCGGGCGAGUUUUUUUUCGGACGUGCCGCCAUAUCCCACGCAGGAGGGGAAGCUCACUUGGGAGGGCAAACCUGUGGGUGGAUGCGCUGCGGAGGGGGGCGACCUUCCAGAAGGGGCCCACCCUGCCAGCGAAGGUAAAAACGUAGGCCAUGACCACUGCCCCCCAUGCAACGUACGCCAGGACCACUGCUCCCCGUGCCGCCUAAACGAUUUGCAGCGAAGCCGAUUCUUCAUUAGCAUCUGCCCGAGCCCAAGUGAGGUUAUAAAUUUCUACGAAUCUCUGGUCGCUCAGAAAAGGGAAAAGCACAACUACAUGCAGGGCCUGUACACUCAGCACAAAUCCCACCUGCUGGAAUACCUCGACCGUAUGAAGUGGGACCAGGAGAAAAUGGUCGUGCAGAGGGACAAGCGGGUAGGGGUGGCCUACGCUGAGGAGGCUGCCCUGUAUGACUACCGUUUUUUGCUGAAGGGCCAUCCCUCCAUUUCGGUCCCACCCAAGUGA